AUGUAAAUUAUAACGACAUCAAUUCAUCAACAAUAUGAUCCCAAUCCUCACUCUUUUCAUUCUGUGAAUGAUUAUGAAAUUAAUUAUAAUUUAGAAAGGAUAGUAGAAUUAGAAUAAACUAAUGUAAAUCUUAAUAUUAAUGAUAAAGAUCAUUAAUCAGAUAUCAAUGAGUUAUAAAGCAGUAUUUAUAUUUAUUAUUAAUAGGUAUAACACCAAGAUGGAUGCCUAUUCUACUAGAGUUAGAAAUAGAAAUAAAAGCAUUACUUCUCAAUAAAGCUAAUGUUUAACCUGAUUUGAAUACAUAUUUUAAUAAAAGAGUCUUUCCGAUUAUGGAUUACUUUUUAAAUAAAUUAUUUACAGAUUAAAGACAAUUAAGAGUGUAAUGCUACUUUAAUGAAAUUUUAUUAAUGCUAUAAAGAUUAGCUAUGAAUAUAUGGAAAUAAUAUCAAACAAUAAGUCUUGCUUUAUUUAAGAGAAUAUUUGUUUAUCCUGAGGUCAAAUUUUUUGAUUCACAUUUUAAUGAAAGCUAAUUUAAAUAAGAUUUGGCAAACUUUUAUUUUGAACGGGAUUCUGCAAAAAUACAAAGUGAGCAUAAAGUCACUGAAGGAAAAGAUGAUAAUAGUUUUAACUUUUAUUAUCCUUUAAAAGGAGAAAUCUUAGAAGAUUUUCAUAAAAAUAAAUCAAGUAUUCACUUAUCACCUUUAUUGAGAAUUUAAAUGCAUUAUUUUUAUUAAAAUGGUGGUUUUGCUUUAUUAAUUGAUGGAAUAAAUAAUUUUUAAAUAGGUCAUUUAGAUAUUUUAGAUAUUUUCAAUUAUUUUAGUAAUUUUGUGGAUAAAUAAAAAUUUAUUAAUUAUUUUUAAGGGCUUAAAGAAUAAUUAAAAUUUUUAUAUUAGAAAAUUAAUGAAGAUGAUAUAAAAUUAUCUACAAAAGAAUAAGUUAAGAGGUUGAAUGAAACACUUGAAAAAGCAUUAUUUCCAUUUUACACAAUGAGUGAAAUUAAAGAAAUAAUUAUAUAAUCAGAAUUGAAUAUUUAUUUACAUUAUUUUAAAUGUCCUACAUUUGAAAAACGUAUAUUUGGUAUAAAUAAAAUUAUAUAUAUUAUAGGAUUACAAUAAAUUAGUGAAAAGAUCAUUUCAUUAAACUUUAUGGACUUUUAUGUUAAUUAUGAAGUUGCUUAAAUGAAUGAUGAUAACAUAUUAAAAGAUAUUUUAAUAAAUUUCUUAGUAAAGAAUAAAUUAUUUUAAGAAUUAUUAGGAGAGAAAUCUCAUUUUGAAUUGAUUAAACGUUCAAGUCCAAUAAUUCGUUUUUUAUAUAGAAAUAAUUAACUUUAAACAAGUGAUAUAAUUCAAAUUUUUAAAAUGGGAAAAGGAAAACAUGAAAGUUGGAGUAAUUUUCUAUUUAAAAUUUUGAAUGAUAUUGCUGAAAUAAUGUCUGAAUCUGACAUGGAGGCAAUUUUACAAGAAAUAUAAGAGUAAAAAGUAGAUUCUAAUAUUUUAAAUUUUAUUAAAUGUUUGGGUAGAAAUCAAAAUUUUGAUAAGAAAUAUUUUCAACAAAAAAAAGAAACUAAAGAUAAUAUUCUGACAGAAUUAGAAAUCGAAUAAGAAUCUAUUUAAAAUUCAACUAAAAAUCCAGAAAAAUUAACAAUAAAAGUAUACAGUGAAGAAUAACAAUAAUCAGAGAAUUAAUAUUUGAUAAAUCGAAAUUAAGAUCGAAAAUUGUAAUAAUAAUAAUAAUAAUUUGAAAUAAAGAAAAGAAAUAUAUAAAAUGAUGACAGCAUUGAUACAAAUUAUGAAGAAGGAGAGGGCAUAAGAGGUAGAAUAGUAGAAUAUUUAUUGACUAUAAAUAAUUAAAAUUCUAAUAUUGAUUUAGCAUAAUAAGCAUUUAAAAUAGCAUUAGAUUUAAUUUGCAUGUAAUUCAGAUUUUUAAGAAUGAAAUAUUUAAAUUAAGCAUUUUAAAAAUUAUUUGAAAAUGAUCCUUAAACUGAAAAUCAUAUAUAAAUGAUAUCAAAAAUUGCUUUUUCAUAAUAUCCUAUUGAUAAUUAUAAUUCUUAAUCAGAAUUAAUAAAAUAUUUAGAAUAAAAAUAUUAUUUUAAAAUGUCAUUAUUGGCAGUGAUUGCUAAAGCUAAAAAGAGAGCAUAUGAUUAAAAUAAAGAUCGUUAUACUGAAGUAAUAGAUUAAUUUUUAAAAUUUUACUAAUCUUUAUAUUUAUUAACUGAUCAUAAAAUUGAAGCUCAUCAUUUAAAAAUAAUUUGGUAGAUUUUAGUAUAGAAUGCUUUUACUACUAAAGAAUAGGAUUUAUUUUUUAAAUGGAUUUUUAAUUCAAAUAAAAAUAUUAUAUCAUUGGAUGCUUUAUAAAUGUUCUUUUUUGAUUAUCUAAUUAAAAUAGACUAUAAUACAUAUACAGUUCCAAUCUUUUAAUGUUUAUAAAACUUAAUCAUGUAUUUUAAUAUUUAAUACAAAAUUUUAAAAACUGAUAUAAUGGAUUCUUAUAUAAUUUAAGAUGCAGACAUAGUAGGUUUGGAAAUUUUAUGGAAAUUAUUUUUUGGAUGCAAUAAUAAAGAAAUAGUUUAAAAAGUUUAGCAAUUUUUAUUAUAAAUAACAGGUUUUAAAUCAAUAAAUUAAUCUAUAUCGAAUAAAUUAAAAUAAAAUUAUAUUGAAAAUAUAUUUGGUAAUAUAGAAAAUAAUACAACUGAAAAAUGUUUAGAUUUAUGUAUAAAAUUGUUAGAAGAAGUAGAAGGAAUGAAAUAUUUAAAAUAAGAUAGUUUUGAAAGGGGAGAAUCAAAUGAUUAAAAUAUUAUGAUUAUUAUUGAUAAUAGAUGUAAAAAUGCAUAACAUCCAAAGAGAUAAGAAAUAUCUGUAUCUGAAAACAUGAAAAUAAUACUUGUAAAGUAAAUAAUUGGAUAAAAGAUUAAUCCUCAAGUAAAAAGGAAUGAGAUAGAUAUAGUUUAUAGAGGAACUUGGUUAGAUAAUUCAAAAAGUUUGAAAGAUUAUAAAUUUGAUAAAAAACCAACUUUUUAAGUUUUGAUGAGAGCUUAAUAGGAUGAAAAUUAGAAAGUUGAAGAUCCUAAACCUUUAGCCAUAUGUUAAGGGGAUAUAGAUGAUUUACUAGAAGUUUAUCCACCUAAAUUAAAUAAAGUUAUACCACUUUCUUUAAAUGAACCUAUUCCUCUUGGAAUUCCAAUCCAAAAAUAAUUCAAUAGCGAUUAAUAAGAAAAAAUAUAAUAUGUUAUUGAAAUUACAAAUGAAUUUAAUAAAGAUUUUGUAGAGUAUUUAUUAAAUGAAAAUAAUUGGAAUUUAGAUGUAACAAUUAUGGAAUUAAUUGAUAAUAGAGAUUUUAACUUUUAAAAAUUCUAAGAUAAAUAAAUUAGAUAAGUCAACCCCUUAUAAGAAAAAUCAAAUAAAUAUAUAUAAACAUAAAUUUGUGAAACUUCGAUAUCUAAUCCAUAAAUACCUUAAUUUUAAUUUUAAAAGGUUGUUUCGAAUGAAAAUAAUAAUUUUUAAUUAGUUUAAAAAUUUAGUGUUGCUACCUUCAUUUCAGAAAAUAAUAAUUAUAUUUAAAAAUUAUUUGAUAUUUUGAAUUUAAAUGAUGAGAAUUUGAAUACUAAGGUUUGGUAGAUUUUAUCUAUGAUUCCUAGAAAUAGAGAAAUAUAUGAAUUAAUUGACAAAUGUUAAUAAACAUCUGAAUGGGAAAAUUUAUUAGAUUUAUAAAAUAAAUAUAAAUUAUAUUAUAAUUUAUAGAUAUUAAAGGAAUUAUUGGAUUGUGAUUUUAUUGAUGAUUAAGAUGAACUUAGAAAACGUAAAUAAUGUAGAGAAAAUUUUUUAAUGUAAGGUGGAUUAAUUUAAAUAUAAUAAUUAUUUUUUAUGCCUAAUGUUGAUCCAAAUACAAUAUAAUUAGCUUUAGAAAUAUUUUUAAUAUAUUUUACUGCAUUUGUAUUAUCAAAAGUAGAAAGAAAUGAUGACUUUUGUAGUAGAAUAAUAAAUUUAAAAGAGACAGUGAGAAAUUAGUACAAAUAAUUUGAAGAUAGAUUGUCAUCAACAUUUUUUUUUAAUGAAAAUAAUGACUUUGAUAAAUAAAAAUUAAAAUAUGAAACCUAAUCAAAUUAAUAAUCUAGUGGAGUAUCAACACCUAAAUUUAAUAAUGCUGUUUCAAUUACUCCUCCAUUAACUCCUCCAGUUGAAGAACAUUAAAUACCAAUAUCAAAACCAUUAUAAUAAACUUAGGAUAAUUUUGAUGAAAGACAUUUGUUAAUUCUUGAAUUUAAAGAAAAUCAAUUAUUUUAAGACUUUUUGAAUUUUUCAUAUGAUGAUCUCUUAAGAUCUUUGAUUAAUAAAAUAGAUUUAGGUUUUGAAUAAAUUUUCUAAACAAUUUUAUUGAUUUUGUACUAGAAUCCAUCACUUGUUUAAACAAUUUAUGAAAUUGAGAAUUUCACUUCAUCAGUCAUUUCAGUACUCUCUUCAUCAUAAAUUCAAGAAUGUAGAAGAAUUUUAACUUAUUCCUUAAUUUAAAUUUGUAAAAUUCCUUAAAAUAAUGUUUAAUAAGAUUUUGGAUUCUUUUUAUUAAUGGAAUUAAUUCCUUAGAUUGUAAAUCCAUAAACAUAAUUUGAAGAUAUAUUUAUAUUAACAGCAGUAGUUUUAAAGCGAACAAAUUAUGAUAUUUUGACUUAAAAUUUUGACUUUUAAGAAUUGUCAUAACAAAUAAUUUAAAAAAUAAUUGAUAGACCAAUAAUUGAAGAGAGAUUUGAAGAUAAUGAAGAUAAAGUUAUUUAAGGUUAUUUAAUUUUAUUAACUGCUAUAAUUGAAAUAUGUCCAUAGACAAAGGAAGCAUUAUCAAAAGAAUUAAUAAGAUAAGUUUAUGAAUUUUUAUUCCAUUUAAAUGAUGAUUAUGCAAAAUAUCCUAAAUUUAAAAGAAAACUUACAAGAAAGAGAGCAUUUCAUUUAUUAAUUGAAUCAAGUAGAAACUGUGAAAAAAAUUUCUUACUUUUACUUGAUCCAAUAUCAAAUACUCAUGGAAGAAUCGAAUAACCUGAUUAAGAUUUUGAUACAGGUGUAAAAGGACAUUAUGGAUUUGUUGGACUUAAAAAUUUAGGUGCUACAUGUUAUAUAAAUUCUUUAUUAUAAUAAUUCUUUAUGAAUAAAGCAUUUAGACAUGGAAUAUUAAAUAGUUAGAUAUCUAUUUUAGAAAAUAAUGAAAAAGUUAUUUAUGAUGAUGUAGAUUAAAUAAAAUCUGAAUCUAGUAAAAAUAAAUUAUAAGAUCAUACUUUAUAUUAAUUGCAAUUAGUAUUUAUCCAAUUAUAGGAUAGUGUUAAAUCAUUUAUUAAUCCUAUAUAAUUUAUUAGAACUUUAUAAGGUUAUGAUGGUUUACCUAUAAAUUGUUAAGUUUAAUAGGAUGUUAAUGAAUUUUUUAAUUUAUUAACUGAUAAAUUAGAAAAAGAUUAAAAAGGAACUUUGCAAUAAGAUUUAAUUCAUCAAAUAGUAGGUGGUACAUUAGGACAUGAAAUAAGAUCAUUAGAAUAAGAUAUUGAAUUUUAAAGGGAAACUGAUGAGGUUUUUCUCACUGUUACUAUUGAAAUAAAAAAUAAAAAAAAUUUAGAAGAAGCGUUAGAUUUAUUUAUUAAAGCAGAUGUUUUGGAUGGAGAAAAUAAAUAUUUUUGUGAAGCAAUUAAUAGAAGAAUAGAUGUAGAAAAAAGGUGUUAUUUUAAGAAUUUACCUAAUACAUUUAUAUUUACACUAAAAAGAUUUGAAUUUGAUUAUAAUAGAAUGUUAAAAUUAAAAGUAAAUGAUUAUUUUGAAUUUCCAUCAGAAAUAAAUAUGUUUAAAUGGACUAAAGAUCAUUUAAUUAAUAAUCUAUAAUUAGAUGAUUAUACAGAUUACAUAUAUAAAUUAGUUGGUGUUUUAAUACAUACUGGGAGUGCAGAUAGUGGACAUUAUUAUUCAUUCAUUAAAUCUUAAGAGAAUAAAUGGUUUUAAUUUGAUGAUAGACUUGUGAGUCCAUUUAAAUUUGAGAAUUUAAAAUAAGAGUGCUUUGGUGGGAAUAAUUAAUAAAAUGAAUAUUAUAAUAAUUUUGAUUGGGAUUAAAAUAAAUAAAAAAAUGCUUAUUUACUAUUUUAUGAAAAGAUUGAUAAAUAAGAUAUUCAAAUAAAAGGAACCAACGAAAAAUGUUUAUAAAAUAAAAUAAUUUAAGAUAAUAUUGUAUAUUUAAAGAAUCAAUUAUUUUAUUCAUCUGAUUAUUAAGCAUUCGUAAGAGAAUUCGUUUGUUAAUUCAAUUUUCAAGAUCAUUAAGAAUAAGUAGAAAAUUAUAAUAUUCAAUAGUAAUCAGAUACUUUACUAUAAAACUAGGAAUCUCCAUCAUUAAAAGUAGUAAAAUUAUUCACUCUCUUUUCUUUGGAAUCCUUAAUAAAGAAUAAAGAUUAAUUAGAAUUUGUUAAUUCUGUAAAUGUUUUAUGUGCUUUAUAUGAAAAGGUUGCUUCAGCAUCAUUUUGGUUCUUAAAUCAUCUUUAAAACAAUCUAAAUUUACUUAUUAAUACUAUUGUGGAAUCAACAUAAUAAGAUGUUAAACAUGCAUUCAGUAAAUUAUUGAUUCAAGCAAUUAAAUGUGUUGUUAAUUAAGAAGAAGAAUAAUGGAAUCAUUCAUUCUAUUAAUAAAAUUCAACAAUUACUUAAUUUUUAUCAUUUUUCAUUGAUAAUUUAUUACCAACCUGUAAGAAAUCAAUGAGAAGAGCUUCAGAAUUUUUUUUAAUUCUUAAGUUUUCAGUUUCAACUUCAUGGUUUAUAAUUGAUCAUUUAUAGAAAAGGGGAUAUUUACAAAAGAUAUAUAAACUUUAUAAGGAAACUAUUUAAGAUAAUUAAUUUCAUGGAAAUUGUAUGAAUAUUAGUAAACUUAAUGAUAAAGGAUUGGAAAGUACAUGUUCAGCAAUGUGUGAAUUUAUUUGUAAAAGUAUUCUAGGUUCACUUACUGAUGGAAUGAAAUUAACUAAUGAAAAAACACCUACAUAUUUAUUCUAAAAUUAUAAUAAACAUGUAAGACUUGAUAAUCAGAUGCUUACAGAUAUAAGAGAUUUAGGUGAUUAUAGAACUAUUUUUGCUCCUAUUGUUUAAUUGAAUCCAAUUGUUGUAGAUAUGACUAAACAUCUUUGUUUUGAUGAUAUUCAAACAAGUGAAAUUAUUAUUGAAUAAUUAAUUUAAAUUUUAUUAGAUUGGAAUAUGGCUUGGCAUUAAAUAGAUCCUAUAUUUCAUAUAAUAGAAAGUAUUCUUAAAAUAUAAGAUGCUUAUGGUGAAAUGAGAUUUUAAGUAUAUAUUCUUUAUAUUAUUUUAGGCAUUAAUGGAGACAUAAGCAAAAUUAGCUGCAUUUUCUAAAGGCAAAUCUAUUUUAGAUGCAAUAAACAAUUAAUUUUUGAGUGAUAAAAACUUUUCUUAUUGUUUGGCAUCUUGGAUUGCAGAAAUUACUCAUAAUUUUUAAGUAGCUUAAAAUUACUUUUCUUCUAAUAAAUCUCUUAUUGAAGAUAUUCUUGGGAAAUUGAAAAGAUAUAAGGAAUAUUCGUUUUAUUUAACCUUCCCAAUUCAAAAAAUAACAAGAGCAAUUGAUUAAGUAUUUAAAAUUAUUAUAUAGUUAAAUGCUUUGUUUAAUAAUUAAGAAAAUUAAAAUGUUGAUGAACCACUGCUUUAAAAUUAGAGACCACAAUAAAAAAGUGAUGAUGAAUAUGUUGAAUAGGAAUAAAAUUUCACAGAAAAUUUUAAUACUUAAUGUGAUUAGGGUGUUAUAUUAGAGGUUGGAUAUAAUGAUACUUAAAAAGAUGAUGAUUUUUGA